AUGAAGGUCGCAGUCCUCGGAGCAGCCGGUGGAAUCGGUCAACCCCUCUCUCUCCUCAUGAAACUCAACCCAAACGUUGACGCUCUCUCCCUCUACGAUAUCGUUAACACUCCUGGAGUUGCUGCUGACUUGUCGCACAUUAACACCAAAUCCGUCGUUACUGGAUACAAGGGUGCUGAUUCGUUGGAAGAGGCAUUGAAGGAUUGCAAUGUGAUUAUAGUGCCUGCUGGUGUGCCCCGAAAGCCUGGUAUGACGAGAGACGAUUUGUUCAAUACCAAUGCUGGGAUUGUCAAGAUUUUGGCUACUGCUGCUGCCAAGGUCGCACCAAAGGCCCACAUGCUCAUCAUCUCAAACCCCGUAAACUCCACCGUCCCCAUCGUAGCAGAAGUCUUCAAAAAGCACGGCGUAUUCGACCCCAAACGAUUAUUCGGUGUCACCACCCUCGACGUUGUCCGAGCCUCUACUUUUGUAGGUGCCAACAAGUCUCUCGACAAUGCAAAGACCAAAGUAACUGUAGUAGGUGGUCACUCUGGAAUCACAAUCGUCCCGCUCCUCUCUCAAACUGGCCUCAAAUUCUCACAAGAAGAAUUGGAGAAGCUCACUCACCGAAUUCAAUUCGGUGGUGAUGAAGUCGUCAAGGCUAAAGAUGGUACUGGAUCUGCUACCUUGUCUAUGGCUAUGGCAGGUGCACGAUUUGCCAACAACUUGAUUGAAGCUUUGGGUGGCAAGAAGGGUAUUGUCGAGCCAACCUAUGUAUUCUCUCCUGUUAUGGCUGAUAAGGGUGUUGAGUUCUUUGCUACCAAUGUUGAAUUGGGUACUGAGGGUGUUGCCAAGAUCCACCCAUUGGGUACUCUAUCUGACUACGAAAAGAAAUUGAUUGAUGCCGCUGUACCAGAACUCGCUGCCAACAUCAAGAAGGGAGUUGAUUUCGUGCACAAAUCCGCAUAA